UGUUAAUACGCUGUAAAUAUUUAUAUUUUUCAUAAAAAGAUAAAACUGAACCGUUUAAAAAUAUCGAUUUAGAAGAAAAUUCUGCUUCUUUCUUAAUGUAAAAAUUAUGAUUCAAUUUUUUUUGACAGGAUUUGUUUCUUUAAAGGUGGAUUCUCAUUUAAUUUUGUUACUACUCAAAUACAAGCAAAAGUACUUUUUUUAGAGGAGUACUUUUUUUUAGAGCAAAAAGUACUUUUUUUGGGCAAAAGGGUCUUGUGUGUGGGCCGUUUUAUAUGUGGAUGACCUAUCCAAAAUCCCCUCUAUACCCCUAAAUACAAGCCCAAAAUCUGCUGCAUCUCCAAUGGCGCCGCCGCGACUGCUGGCCGGCGGCGAGCACCAUCCGUCCCCGACGACCCCGUCCUCCCCGGAGCACCCGCUCCUCGCCGCGCACCUCCUCCUCCCCACCCCGUCCGCAUCCGACCUCUCCUCCCCGCAUCUCCCGCACGCCCUAGCCUUCUCCUUCCUCACCGACCCAUCCUCCCCUCUCCCGCGCCGCCUCCUCGUGCUCCUCCACGCCGCCGGCGCCCGCUUCCCGGCCUUCUACUCCGCCUUCGCCUCCGCGCUCCUCUCGCUCCCCUUCCCGCUCCUCCUCCCCCACCCCCGCGCCCGCCUCCUCCUCGCGGCCGCCGAGCUCGCCCGCGCCGCCGCGCCGGGGUUCGCGCCCCUCCUCCUCUCCCUCCUCCGCCGCGUGCCCUUCCAUGGCGACGCCCGCCUCCUCGAUAUCAUCCGUGACAAUUCCCCCUUUCUCGCCGCCGAGGAGCCCCAGCUCCUCGCCUCCGCCGUCUUCGCCUUCCUCCGCCUCCUCGCCCGGAACCGCCUCGAUCCGGUCCUCCCCUCUCCUCGCGCCGAGUGCGUCAACAACUGUGAGGAAUGCAAGCACGUGAAGAACCUCGAAGAAUGCAGGGAGAAGCUGGUGUCCUUCUGCGUCUCUGUGCUCCGGGAUCACUUCCAACCAUGCUCGCUGAUCGGGAGGGACCUCGUGCUGUCACUCCAUGAACUGGUGCUCGUGCCGGAGUUCCAGGGACUGUGGAAAGACCUGAUGUCGGAGCGUGCCGCCGUGGACAUUGGCUGGGUCAGCACGCCCGGUUGGUGCACAGCAUUGGCGAUCUCGCCGGAGAUGGAGAUACAACUGCUGUUCCUUAUGAAGAAUGUGAAGUGGGGGAGUCAGAAGAGGUACCAGCUUUGGUUUGCGAGGAAGCACUUGAUGGUGCCUGGAGGGGAGGAGAGGGUACCGGACAUUGUCCGGUUCAUAUGCUGCGGGUACCACCCGACGAACGAGGUCAUACAGUCAGGCGUCAUUGCCCGCUGGGCAAUCAUCGGCUGGUUGCUCACGAGCUGCAGCAAGGGCUACGUCGCGGCCAAUGUGAAGUUGGCACUGUUCUAUGACUGGUUGUUUUUCGAUGAGGUUAAGGGUAAUGUCAUGAACAUCGAGCCUGCAAUGCUCCUGAUGGUGAACUCGGUAUCUCAGUAUGUAGAUAUCACAAACAUGCUGCUUGAGUUCUUGUUUCUUCUGAUCGAUAACUAUGAGGUUCGGAGGAAGGAGGCCAUUGCACAGUGCGUGAGGUGCGCAUUUACAGUGCUGGUGAAGAAAGGAGUGGUUCCUUCAUUGGACGUGUUGAUGUGCUGCGAGAAGCUAUCGCCAUUGCUGAGGCAGAAGCUUGUGGCUUUUUUAUCUAGUAGCAGUCCUGGAGCAGCUGAAGAAGCUUGUGGUAAACAGAUUAAUGAGGUUUCUAAAGCAGCAGAGUUGAAGAGAGUUUGCUCAAACUAGAUGUCACAACCUUCUAUGUCCAGAAUGAACUACAGCCAGCACUAGUUUCCCAGCAAUUUGUACUUUUGUAUGUUCCUGGAAAGGAAAGAAUAAGCAGAGGAAUCGCAAGGCUUUACGAGUAUCACAAUUCACAAGGAGUGGAGAUUGAUGAACACAUCUUUUGAACAAGCAAGAGAAAGGAACUUGGCCCCUGCUUGCCUUCUGGAGCUACAAACCUGGACCUCACCAGCCACGGUCCACCCGGUAUGUAUGGAGAAACACUCCCAUCAGAGGCUGCCCUGACAGUCAGAUUAAAUCAGAAGUUAACUUCAUUUGUGUUCAACCAAAUACAUAAUGCCAGAGUAAAUGGAGAUCACGCAUGAUGCUUGAUUUUCAAUUUCUGCUGGUUGAAACAACUGAACUUAUGGUACCUUCGAUUGAUAUGCAGCCCAACACAUGGUAUCUUUUGUUUGUUACGGAGGAUAGAAUGCAUUAAACUGAAGGAUAGACUGUGCUUCCUGUGCUUCAUUACAAGUUAGCUUCAGAUGUGAUGAAUUUAUGUGCUGGCAGCAAAGGAAAUAAUUGUCUGUGCAAACCUAUCUUCUGCCUGAACUGAUGAAAGAAAUGAUACAGCUGCACAGUAGAUGCAUUAAACGAUGGUGAUCAGAGUUAAGGUCUGGUGCAUAUGAAGCUUGUGAUAGUGGAUGUUUUUCACUUUUUUGUUCAGGCAUGCUCAUACUCUUUACAGAAAAAGGCACAUACACCACAGCAGGGAGUCUUGGAUGUAUUUCUCCCGAGUUAUAGGAGAUCAUCUGAUUUAAGUAGGCCAACCUUGUGUACUUGUGAACAAUUUGUAACUAUCAGCUUUUGUUAUUCAAUAGUAGUAAAAUCCCUUUCAUGGUA